UUAUAUUUAAAAAGGGAGCUGCUUGUUAAAUCGUUCCCAUAAGUUUUGCCGACUUUCGGUAUACACUCCUUUGCUGCAACAAUUUCAGGAUGGCAAUCCGGUCCGGUAGGGUCUGGGGAGGUUGGCGACCUGUUAAUAUGAAGGCCAAGUUUUGGAAUACCAUCAGUACCAAUUACCACCUUGGUUUCACAUCCUUCGGCGGCCCCCCAGUGCAUUUCAAGAUCUUCCAAGACAAAUUCGUCGAGAAGCUGCAAUGGAUCGACAAUCAAGUGUACCAGGAACUCUUCAGCGUCUGCCAGGCCUUCUCUGGCCCUGGCAGCACCAAGAUGCACUACUGUAUUAACCUGAUUCAUGAUGGUUUUCUUCCUGCUUUAUUAAGCUUUUUCAUCUGGAGCUUGCCCGGGGCCUUGGGAAUGUAUGGUCUCUCUAUUGGCGUCUCCAAUAUUGGAGACACUCUUCCCGGACCCGUUUACGCACUCCUCUCCGGGCUCAAUGCCUCAACUGUGGGCAUUAUCGCAGUCGCUGCUGUUCAACUAUCAGAAAAGGCCAUCACUGAUAAAAUAACUCGUAUGCUCGUCUUGCUUGGAGGUGCGGCCGGGAUUCUGUACAAUGCGCUCUGGUACUUUCCUCUUCUGAUGUUCGUGGCCGGCUGUGCAACCGUCGUCCAUGACUAUCGCUGGCUUCAUGGCCCUAUCAAGACUAUAGUCGGCUUGAUGAAGAACCCCACAAAACGGCUUAGGGCACAAGAGCCGGAGUCCAUCGAGAUUUCGCAGGCGCAAUCUGUCGACCAGGACAAUAAUGCCACUACCACUGCUACUUCUUUCGGCACUAUUAGGGAACACAAUGACGCGGUGGCCCGCUCGAGCCGAGAAGAUAAUGCGCAGACUCUCCCAGUCACCAAGAAUUCACAUUCAGAGGCUGACUCAGAACCACGCGUUAUCCCACCAGAGCGGUCCCUCAACUUUUCCUGGAGCUUUGGCCUUGGCAUUAUUGUCUUCUUUCUCCUCACCUUCAUUGUGAUUAUGGUCCUUCGUGGCGAAUUGCGGGUCAGGACGUACCUUUUCAGCUUCUUCGCCAAUAUGUACCUCGCAGGGACCAUUAUUUUUGGCGGAGGUCCUGUUGUCAUUCCAUUGCUCCGCGAAUAUGUUGUUGCUGAAGGCUGGGUUAGUCCGCGCGACUUUCUUAUCGGCCUUGCGAUCCAACAGAGCUUUCCCGGUCCCAACUUCAACUUUGCGGUAUACCUAGGCGCUUUGACAGCAAUUAAUGGUGGAUACAAUUCGGCCGUCGGAGCAACACUUGGGUUUAUUGGCAUAUUUGCUCCUGGUCUUAUUACAGUUCAUGGUACAAUGGGUAUUUGGAGCGCUAUCCGUGGUCUGAGGUGGGUUAAGUCCCUUCUCAGGGGUGUCAACGCCGGUGCUGUGGGACUCAUUUAUACCGCGGUUUAUCGCUUGUGGCAAAUCGGAUAUAUUGCUGAAAGUUUUCAGCAGGGAACGAGCCUGGCACAGGAGCCGUGGUGGGUUGUUGUAACAGCAUCGAGUUUUGUCUUCAGCUACUCAUUCAACUUGAGCCCUCCGGUUAUUAUCAUCAUGGGCGCCGUCUUAGGCCUCAUCUGGUAUGCAGUUACGCUCACUUAGCGACCGCCACAUUGUCUGUGGUGCUUAACACCUUGUUGAGCUUUAGGAAAGCGUUCAUAUAGCGAGUGUUGUGGAAUGUUUCGUACUUAUAUAAUCCUGAAUGCUAUAAUCUAAUAUUUGGUUGAAGGCCUUAUCUUCACUUGUUUUUACAGUCAUAUCUAGGCUAUUUCUGCAACGGCCCAUCUCCCCAAUGCGUGCGGACCUCCACUGUGGUCACGACGAGGGGCUAUAGCCAAUUAAAAUGCACGAAAUAAAGGGUAUAAAAUUCCUCUGCUAAAUUAGGUGGGUAUAGAAGUUCC